AUGUUGAAUUAUAUCUGCAAGUUGUAUUUGCAAGUUGCCGCUCCUGAGGUUCUCUGUCACUAUGCCCUAUUUGAGAUUGAGAGACUGAACAAAAUCAGCCUGUUUACAACUCCCUUUUGUCUUCCAGAUGAUUACAUUCUUGCAGGUUGCUGCAAUGGAAUCCUAUGUGUUCACAAGAUUUGCAAUUGCUACAAUCCCAAGAAAAUAUACCUCUGGAAUCCCUUAUUGCAUCAGCGCAGGGCACUUCCCAAUAGCAAAUCUCUUGAACAUUUCACAGAUUUGCGAUUCUUCUUCGACCAGCGUAACGAUGAUUAUAAAGUUGUCAAGAUUUUCAUGUUCCGUAUAGUCGAGAUAUAUAGUUCGAAGAGCAAUUUUUGGAGGUCAGUUGACCUGACCAACAUGCCUAUGAGCGUCAGCCGCACCAAAGAUUUUCAGAUUUCUGCGGCAUUCAAUGGGAUUCUGCAUUGGCUUGUGUAUAAAGUUAACUGCGGUAAAGAUGCACCAGCAUAUUCAGUGAUCAAAUUCAACAAUGUUGAGAAAAAGUUUGAGGAGAUUCUGUUACCGGAAAGCAAUCCUCUCGACUUUUCUACUGCUCGGCUUGGGGUUUAUCAGGGCUGUCUUUCUUUAGCCUGUUGGUUUCCACCGCUUGGGGAUGAGGUCUGGAUAGUGAAGGAUGAUCAGGAUAAAGGUACAUACAAAUCUUCGAAAAUUGCUGUCCCAAACUCUUCAGACGGCGGAUUCCAGUACUCUGACGUAAAGGGAUUCACAAUCAACAGUAAAGACUUAGCAGAUUGCAGAUGGGAUAUUGUUUUGUAUGACUAUGGAAGAGGCAUCUACGAAGAUUUUGGACUCGGUUCUGGUUCUGGUUCUGGUUCUGCUUCAUCUCCAUCUUGGCGUAUUACUUUGUAG